AUGCCGAACGGCGAGAGUCGCUUAUCCAGCCACAACGUGUCUCCCCAGUACCGGAUGCACUCCUACUACUCUGCUGCCUCCUACCUGAGCCAGGGGUUGGGGACCACGGCAGCCUGUGUUCCCCCCAUCUUCUCUCUGGAGGACAACAACACCUGCAAUGAGACCAAGCAAGCCUCCUUCUCCCCGGUCAGCGGAGUGUGGUAA